AAACAGUCAAUGCACAUUGUAACUCCUAGAGAACAUUAACAAAAUGCCACUUGUUUUUCUACCGCAAAUAUUAUGGCAUAGCAAAGAUAACAAACAAUGCGAUAGAGUAUACUCACUUGACUUCCAACCGCAAUUACCAACACAAAACACAGGAAGCACAUCAAUAUUCAAAUUAGCAACAGGUGGAGCAGAUGAAUUUGUACAUAUAUGGCAAGUGUCUAUACAUGAUAACGCUCCGCAAUACGCAACACACUCUGAUAAAAGUAUACUCGCGCCAGAGAAUCUUAGGGCAGCUAAUACAACAAUAAACAAAGGAAUAAAGGAUGUACAACCUUUUAACGUGCGUAUUCUGGCACGCUUGGUAGGACACAUCGGAGAAGUUAAUGCCGUUAGGUGGAGCCCUAACGGAAUCAUACUUGCGUCAGGAGGAGAAGACAGAUGUGUCUUCCUGUGGGCGAAGUCGAAUGCAUCCGCAGGAGUAGAUGAUGCAGGGCAACAAUAUGAAGAAAACUAUACAAGGUUCCAAUACUAUAGAUUAUCGCACGUUAUCAAUAGCAUUUGUUGGUGCCCCGAUGGAAGGCUACUGGCAGUGACGACCGAAGAUGGGCAUGUGUCGUUAAUAGAUACCUUUGUCGAAGGCAAUGGGCGGAUCAGGCAUUUUGAAGGGCAUACCAGUUUUGCCCAGGGGGUUGCUAUAUGCCCCCAAAAUAUUAUGAUAGCGUCAAUGGGACAAGAUCAAACACUAAGAAUAUGGAAGCGCAGAGGUGAAAGGCAAUGGAAAAGUAUACUAGUACUACGAUCAGCCAAAGAUAGAUCCGAGUUUAAAGAGUCAAUAGGUAUGGAGUCAGAUGACGUGAGAUAUAGCAGAUCGGUAUUCAUGAACGAAGAGCUGUCCACAUUCUUCAGGAGACUUGACUGGUCACCAGAUGGAAGGUUCCUAGUAACACCGGCCGGAAUAAGACAUAAUUCGUUAUUCAUGAAAGAAGAUGAAGUGGAAGAUAAAGGGGAGUCGGUAUACACAUUGUAUGUGUUCCACCGAAAGCUUAUAAACCUCGGAAUACCAAUGGUGACACACCAGUCACCAACGGGUCCAUUCGUCGCAGUCAAGUUCUGCCCUUUGGAUAUAGGUAAAAUUGAAAAGGAGAAGAUAAACUUCUUUAACAAAAUAUUUAAACCCAAGGGAAAGGGAGCCAAGAAAAAAAGUAAAACUUCAAAAACUGCUGCCAAAGGAAAGCAAUCUCCCAAAGCACAACUCAACACGGAUAUGGCACAAACCAUGUUAAAUGAGGUUAAAACAGAUGACAGCGCCACACCAAGUAAUGCUGCUGGUGGCCUUACGUUAGAUGAUAUAACAGAAUCUAAAAGUGACGAGGAUGUGCCAUCAAGUAAUAAUGCAUCACAGGACCACGUAAAUGAAUGCAUGGAUCAAGAGUCUGUGGAGACUGGACAGAUUAAAUGUGAAGACAAUGAUGGAUUGAAAAAAAAUAUGAUCGUAGAACUUGAUUUGGAGUUGGAAAGUUCACACCCGUUGUUGUGGGAGCAUAGGCUUAAGGUCAAUCUAGGAAGCCCGCCACCGAAUAUACAAGACCUGAUAAAUGAUAGAGUAUACGUAAAAGUGGAACCCAAGCAGUGCCCAGGAGAAAAUGAUAUCAAAGACGAAACUGAAUCACCCACAAUGGCAUCAGAGUUAAUAGACGAAACCGCACCAGUGCAUGAAGAUGAUGAGCAUGUUGAUGAAGCCGCAGUUGACGAACAAAAUGAUACCGUAACAACAGGAGUCAGGACCAGUAAACGAGAAAUAAAAAAACCACAGUUCUACGAAGCUACUUAUGAUACACCUAAAGGGUCAAAGACUAAAAAGCCUAAAAAAGAAGAAGAUAAAGAAUACGACACCGACGUAGAGGACGAAGUGAAGGUGCCCAGACUCAUGUUUGCAGCGGGUACACUAGAUGGCUCGUUGUGCUUCUAUGAUACACUAGAAACACGAGGACCAAUCGCAGUACUGAAGAAUCUGCACUAUUGCACGAUCACAGAUAUCGCAUGGUCACCCAAUGGAUUGGUGUGUGCCACAGCAUCAAGUGAUGGAUAUAUAACAUUCGUAGUAUUCCGAAGAAAGGAAUUCUACUAACGUAUAAAAAAUCCAUAAAUAAAUUAGUAGACAUGU